UUCCACCUGGCUCUGCUGCAUCCUUCAUGUUUUGCCCCACUUUCUCACUGAAGAGUCUGAAAAUCUCUGUAUCAUAUUUUCUUAGGGAGGACAUUGGUGUGGACUUUGAUGAACAGCGGUCAAGUGUAAUAAGCUUAAUUGGUACAUGAAGGUAUGUAUAGGAGUUGGACGAACUCGGAAGAGUAGGGUCCCCAAAUCACCUGUCUCCACCAAAUUACCUAGAUAACCUUCAAAUCAUCCUGAAAAAUCUACGAAUUCGGCCUGAGAUUUAAAGAGAGACCAGCUGGAACGCUACAGUGAGAAGAGUUCGCGCUUCUAUCAAGGCAUUAUGGAGAGACAGCACGGGCCAGAUGGAAUAUGAAGCAGCAGAUGUGAAGCCUGAGCAGUGGAACUCAGCAACCCCAACCCAACUCCACUUAACUCAGCCUCACUGAACCUGAUCUGAGACUCUCCACUCCUGCACUUGCUACAGCUCCCUGACCCUGGAAUCCUCUUCAAUUCUAGCUAGAAUGCUGUGUCAGGCCCUUCGCAGAUUUGGUCAAAAACUAGUACGCAGACUUACACUGAAGAAAGAGAGGGCUGAGACUGCCCCCGCUGGAAGACUGACCACACUGGAUUUAGUGGCCCUUGGUGUGUGCUGCACAAUCGGUGUAGUUGUGUAUGUCAUAGCUAGUGAGGUGGCUCGAGAUCAAGCAGGACCAUCCAUUGUGAUCUGCUUUUUGGUGGCCGGCCUAUCUUCUAUGUUGACUGGGCUGUGCUAUGCAGAGUUUGGUGUCCGGGUUCCUCAUGCUGGCUCUGCAUAUCUCUACACCUAUAUCACUAUAGGUGAACUCUGGGCUUUCAUCAUUGGCUGGAUCUUCAUCUUCUCCAAUGUUGCUGGUACAGCUACUGUGUUCUUUGCCUGGCUCUUAACUUUUGACAACCUCUUUGGGAACCAGAUCUCUCAGACCCUGCGUGAAAGCAUCUUACUGUAUAUUCCUCAGGUGCUUGCAGAGAUUCUAGGCUUCUUUGUUGUGGGCCUUUUGUUUUUACUUGUCAGAUUGCUGACCUUGAGGGCUAGGGAGUUGGUAAUAUUUACCAACAUGGUCACAUUGGUGAACCUUUUGGUUCUCGGUUUUUUCAUCCUCUCUGGUUUCAUUAAGGGGGACCUGCACCUGCACAACUGGAAGCUCACAGAAGAGGACUACAUAAAAGCUGGACUCAAUGACACCUCUAGCUUGGGCCCUCUGGGCUCUGGAGGAUUCGUGCCUUUUGGCUUCCAGGGGAUUCUCCUUGGAUCAGCUAACUGUUUCUAUGCUUUUAUAGGUUUUGACAACAUUGUUACCAGAGUUAAAGAAGCACAGAAUCCCCAGCGUUCUAUCCCCAUGGGCAUUGUGAUUUCAUUGCUCAUCUGCAUUUUGGUAUAUUUUGGUGUCUCUGCAUCACUUACACUUAUGGUGCCUUACUACCAGCUCCGACCUGGGAGCACCUUGCCUGAGGCAUUUUUCCAUAUUGGCUGGGCCCCUGCCUACUAUGCUGUAGCUUUUGGAUUCCUAUGUAAUCUUUCUGCCAGUCUCUUGGGCUAUAUGUUUCCCAUAAGCCAGCUGAUAUACACGAUGGCACAGGAUGGCCUCCUCUUCCCUGUCUUUUCCAGGAUCCAAACUGGCACAUAUGUUCCCAUCAUGGCCACUGUGAUCUUUGGCAUUAUUGCAGCGAUCAUGGCAUUCUUUUUGGGACUCACUGAUCUUCUACACCUCAAGUCAAUUGGGACCCUGCUAGCUUACUCCCUAGUGGCUUUUUGUGUUCUUAUAGUCAGGUAUCAGCCUGAGAGGAAGAAUGGGGGAAGUGAAGAUCAGAUGAAGGAAGAGCAUGAUGGAAAUGGAGCACAGAUGCAGGAGGAGAAUGGACCUACAGCAGAGAAGCUGACUCUACACCAAUUAUUUUUUCCAGGCAGCUCCACCCCCACUGCACUCUCUGGAUGCGUUGUCUCUGUUUGCUCCUCACUGCUUGCUCUACUGCUGACUCUGCUCUGCCUGGUGCUGACCCAGUGGCCAGGUCUGCUUUCUCAAGACCCAGUGUGGAUCACAGUGGUUGUGCUGCUCCUGGUGCUCAUCACUGGGAUCACUGGGGUCAUCUGGAGACAACCACAGAGCUCCUCUCCCCUUCACUUUAAGGUACCUGGUCUGCCUCUCCUCCCACUCCUGAGCAUCUUUCUGAAUGUUUACCUUAUGAUACAGAUGAGAGCUAGCACCUGGGCCCUACUUGGUGUCUGGAUGCUGAUUGGAUUUGUUAUCUACUUCACAUAUGGGAUCCAUCACAGCCUGGUUGCAUAGCCCCGCUGAGAUUAGGGCCCAAACUGUAGACCUUGAACUCAGCAGUGUUGGGACAUCUUUGGUUUGACAUCAUUACUCCUGAAGCACUCUGGUCCCCCUGCACAUUAAUGGAAAGUACUCUUCAGCAAAUGGAAAGCUAAGGCUCUCAUGGCAUGUUGAUGCAGGAACACUAAUAGAGCUCUGUAUUUAUUGUGGAGUGAAGGAUGUAUUUUAAUUUCUUUUUUUUUUUCUGUCUGCUUUCAAUUCUGUCUGUAGCUGCUUACUGGCUUUAAAACAUUAUUAUUCAAAUAAAUUAGAAAAAUUAAUUUUGUUUUCUUUGGAUAAAUAUCUAGUAGUGAAAAUACUGGAUCAUAUGGUAAUCUUAUUUUUAAUAUUUUGAGAAAACUUG